CCUUACCAAGCUAACUGGUUGGAGAGUGUUAAAAUGUCUGGACGCGGAAAGCAGGGCGGCAAGGCUCGCGCCAAGGCCAAGACGCGCUCGUCGCGGGCCGGGCUGCAGUUCCCGGUGGGCCGCGUGCACCGCCUGCUCCGCAAGGGCAACUACGCCGAGCGGGUCGGGGCCGGCGCGCCGGUGUACCUGGCGGCCGUGCUGGAGUACCUGACGGCCGAGAUCCUGGAGCUGGCGGGCAACGCGGCCCGCGACAACAAGAAGACGCGCAUCAUCCCGCGCCACCUGCAGCUGGCCAUCCGCAACGACGAGGAGCUCAACAAGCUGCUGGGCCGCGUGACCAUCGCGCAGGGCGGCGUCCUGCCCAACAUCCAGGCCGUGCUGCUGCCCAAGAAGACCGAGAGCCACCACAAGGCCAAGGGCAAGUAAGCUGGAAAAAUAGCACCUUAGGUCAUUGAGGGGACAGUUUCAACCAAAGGCUCUUUUCAGAGCCACCC